CCUUUUAAAAUUAAAGUUUAUACUUUUUUGACAAGGUAGGCUUAAUCUGUUUUUUUUUAAUCUUCUGUAGUACUUACAUGUAGGGCAAAGCAGUUCCUCUUGCAUUGUUAUUUUUUAAAUUUUUGUUAAAUUUUUUGUUUCAGGCAUGUUUGGAUCAGGGGUACAAUCGUACUUUGUGUUACUGCGCUGGUUGUUUCUUCUUAACAUUGUGAUCUCGUUGUCAACAGUCUUCUUCCUGUUCAUUCCACAAAUCAUCCAUGAUCAGAGCACUAAGCACAACACUGUUUCCUUCACAGGAUGGGAGCUACUCACUGGGGAGGGUUGGUUCAACACAACAGAGCUGUACUAUGGUGCUUACACCAAUGAAACAGUUGAAAAGAUUGAUGACUUUAAGUAUAACCUGCCCUUAGCAUACCUGUGUGUUGGAGGUGGCUAUCUAUUGCUGUGUUUAAUCAUGCUUGUUUACAGCAUGGCAAACUCAUACAGAGAGAACUAUAUCUACGCUGGAGAUGAAUUUAGUUUCUUCAUUUCCAAAGCCUUUUGUUCGUGGGAUUAUGGAAUAACAGACAGGAGUGCAGCAUUGUUGAAACAAAAAAGUAUCUUCAAUGAACUUCAGGAGGCCAUUGCUGAGCAGAAUUAUAAUGUGGCUCGCACAUUGAGUGAGAAGUGUAACAUAUUCUGGCUUCGUAUCCUCACAAAUUUCAAUGUCCUGACCUUAAUGGCAGGAGCAGCCUAUCUCAUCCAGUUCUCAGCCAACCUAUCACUCAAAUCAGACACAGAUAAUGUGGUGGAGAAGCUGACGCUCCCAUUAGUAGUGUCUGGCAUCAACCUUCUUUUGCCAUUUGCCUUUCGAAUUAUUGCAAGCUUAGAAAGAUACAAAAGUCCUCGAACUACCAUUAACGUCACUUUGGCAAGAACCACAUUAAUGAUGUUAAUAUCAGUGACAAUGGUCGUUGUUUUAUUGUUUGUGGACAUUCGAUGCCGGGACUGUAAAAGCAACUCUGAUGACUCUGAUGACGCUGGCUCUGACAACACCUGCAAAAGAGAAAUUAGCCAGUGUUGGGAAAACUAUGUUGGACACACAUUCUAUCGACUUGUCAUCGUGGACUUUGUGUUCUUGUUACUCUCAACCUUCUUUGGAGAAUUUGUCCGAAGGAUACUUACUGUGAAUUGUCAGUGUUGCAAGACAAUUGGUCCUCCUGGGUUUGACAUUUCAAGGAAUGUAAUUGAAUUGAUAUAUUCACAGUUCCUAUGUUGGAUUGGCACAUUCUACAGCCCCAUGUUACCACUAAUCCAAGUCAUAAAGCUGUUCAUUUUGUUUUAUGUGAAAAGGAUCAGUGUGGUUAUGAACUGUCGUCCAUCUGUGAGGCCAUUCAGAGCAUCCAGGAUGAAUUUGUUGUUCCUCUUUUUACUGGCUGUGACCUUCACUCUGUCCCUGGUUGUCAUAGGAUAUACCAUUAUGUCAGACGAUGUAACAUGCCCUUCAAAACUGUGCGGUCCUUUCAAAGGUCGGGAUUUCAUGUACCAAGUUAUUACUGAUACAACUGCGUCGUUUCCUAACUGGUUACGAUUAACCAUUGGUUACUUGUCAUCAGCAAGCUUCAUCACCAUGUUGUUCUGCAUUCUUGGGGUUAUUGUCUACUACCACAAAAUGCUGAAAGACUCAAAUGAGAAGAAGAUUAAACUAUUAAAAGAGCAGAUUUCCCUGGCUGGCCGUGACAAGUUGUAUUUGAUAAAAAGAAUCAAACAGGGCAUGAGCAUGCACGUUGGUGAUAAUGGUUUAGAAUAGUUGGAAUAUUAUAAUCUCACAGCCUUUGCCAACCACUUGCAGAGGGUGUAUGGCUAGUCAUAUGCAUAUCAUCAAGGAAUUGUUUGGUAGUUUUAAUUAAUACUACAGACAUCUCUUCACACUCAGCCAACAGUGCAAGAGAGAUGCCUACAAUUUGACAUGAAUAAUUUCAUACCAUGUAAACAUGACAGAAAUCCAGGUAGUACAAUCCAAAAAAAUACAUUUUUUAUCCACCUCUGAGGAGGUAUUAUGUAAUAAUAAUUACAGUCUGUAGUUACUGCACUGUGAAAUCAAGGUUUCUAUCGGCUGGCACCAAGAGAAAUGGUUCUAAAUCUUUUAUUUUAGUAUAACCCAGUAGCUGACGUAGUUUUAAACAGUUUUGCUGAAUGUAGAAAUGAAAUCAGGGCUCCAGAUGAGAUUUCAAAGUUGGGUGUCAAGAAGGAAUUUCAAUGGGUCAAUUCCCACUACCCCCAUCAAAUCAUUAUUAAUUUUCUAGUAAUUUGUGAGGUCAUGUAGCUGACCUUGUAGGGUUGUUUACCUGAGACUUCCCACUUGUCUGCAACACUGUGUAGAACUACAACUAAUGUGCAUUUGCCAACAGACAGCCACUCUGUUAUGUAUAAAAUAUUAUAUAUUUGCAUGACAGUAGUGUUCUAAUUAGACUAAUGGACAAUAGUAAAUUAAGGUAAUUCUUAGUUUCUUUUUACAUUUAGAUUUUAGUGUAUAAUUAAAAACUGUACAGAGGUUUUAAAUCAAACAAUAUUAUUUAGUGUGCAUAAUGCUUUGUAUGUAAGCCUUAGCAAACAUAGCUUUGUCAAUAAUAUUUUUAAUUAUACAUCAUUAUUUUUUGCACUGUGAUUUUAAUAAGAAUAUUUGAGGUAAAAAAAUUGUCAUAUAGAAAUGUAAGUAUUCUUACAUAGUUAAUAACAUUGCAAUGUAAAGCUUAAGAUGGUUAAUUAAUUGGUUAAAACUGAUCAAAAUAUAGUCAAAUUUGACACUUGUGCUGUACAUGUACUCAUGUAAUAAUAUUUAUUAACUCAGGUUAAUGUUUUGGAUAACAAUCUUUAAAAUAAUAUAAAGUAAAUUUGAUUGUGUAAACUAUCGACCAAAUGUAGCCUAAAAAUAGUUUUAGGAUAUUCUUAUUGCUUACAAUGUAUGAAUCAUUCAUUUAAUGACAUUCAUAGGACUGUGUACUGUAAAACAGUAUUGUAUUAUAAUUAUGAUAACUUGUACUAGGGACAUUGUGCCUAACCCUUGCAAUAAUCAUGUAGAUUGGGAAAAUGCACAAACAGUGUUAUUAAAGGAAACAUUGUUUUCCACUAACUAAUGAUAA